AUGUCCGCCGCGGAUGCCCCCUCGAACGCCCCCGCCCCUGGCCCGGGGGUCGCUUUAGACGUCCACCCCAUCGUCCGCAACGCCCUGCGCAUCAGUCUGAGCGCCAAAGAAUACCGGGCGCUCCACGGCCUUUUGGGUACACGGGCCCCAGGUCUUCAGGAGGUCCUUCUUUCCCCAUCGCGCUAUGAUGCUAUUGUCUACUCAAAGAACCGACGCAACGAGGCAGCCGUCCGCACAUCGUUGCGAGUGUUUGUUUGCACCGGAGCCGCGUUGAAACUAGUGGAGAAGAUCAUACGUCGGAUACGCGGCGGUGCAGACCAGAAGAAAGCCCGCACCCCGCUCCUCCGCUCUCCCAACUUCCGCCUUUCCCUCUCUCUGUCGCUCCUGCUUCUGCUCCACCGUCUUCUCUAUCGCUUCCUCAUCCGGAUUCGAGUGAACCUGUGUACCGAUGAUGCCAAACUGUUUCGCGAGCGAAACCCGCGGAUCUCACGCGCGCUGACGUCACGCUUUGCCCCGGCCGUCGGUGCCAGCGCGGCGGGCUUCGCACUGGGGAUAUGCCCACAAGACCAGCUUCGGCUGACUGCGGCUAUCUACACGGGUACACGGAGUCUGGAGUUUCUCUAUAAUGUUAUGGACUUGAAGGGGUGGCUGGAUAACCGCCCAUGGUGGUUCGGCAGCUGGCUGCUGAUGCCGAUCUCGUGUGCACAGCUCUUCCAUGCCUUUGUGUUUGACCGCGAGAAUACACCUCAGUGGUUCGGUAAUGUCAUCCUGAGGCUCUCGCCGAGCUACAUCCCGGGGCGACCGGAGGCGCUGCCAGAGGGCAUCGCCUGGCCGGCGAAGGAACAGAUUGUGGACUCUCUGGCAUCCAUUGCGAAUCUACGCUGGCCGGCGUUCGUUUCUCCAAUCCUACACCCCUCCGACCCCAAUACCCUCCCAUUGUCGGUCAAGUCCAUCUCCCCGAUUACUGGGCCCGCACACCCCUCGAUCGCACACCUCUCCUGCGCGCUGCUUCACCCCAGUGUGCCCAGCUGCAGCACCGCGUUCCUGCACCACAUUCUCCUCUCGUCGAAGAGCAUCCUGGCUCGCCCCAUUACCUCCAUUAACAGCUUGUCUCGGAGGAUUAUUACGAUGACGGCCGUCCUCUCGGCGGCCGUCGGCUCUGCCUGGGGCAGCGUCUGCCUCCUGAAUAACACACUGCCCCGCUCGACCCUCCCGACCAAGCGUUUCCUCCUCAGCGGUGCACUCGGCGGUCUUCCAUUCGCGCUCCUAGCUAACAGCCGUAGCGUUUUUAUGUACUUCUUCCGCGCUGCGGUGGACUCGGCUUGGAAGACCGGUGUUAAGCACCGUUGGUGGAAGGGCGGCCGCGCCGUCGAGCUGUGGCUCUUCGUGUUAUCUUGGGCUCUGAUGGGCUCGAUCCUCGAGGCUCAUCCGUCGGCUGUUCAGGGUCGUGUUUUGCGAAAGGGGCUGGCAUGGCUGCGGGGUGAUGGUUUCGUCGACCUCGAGGAGAUUGGGCAGCGCAAGGCACGGCGGGCAUUGAAGAAGGCGGAGACCAAGGACGAAUAA